AGUGCGCACAAGCCCACCACCAUCUCCUGGCAGAGGGCGGAUGAACAUCUGCGACCCGACUAGUUCUGCACCGUUUGGGAUCCGACGCGAUUAGCUUCGUGUCUACUGCUAGUCCCGGUACUGGUUCUGGACCUCCCCGGCAUUUCGGGCCUUCUCAUAUAUUGGGUCAUCCCCACCCCACGGGAGCUGAGCUGAGCUUUCUCGAACAUGCCUCGACUGCGUCUGUAGCAUGGCUAAGGAUGACCGCAGCCUCGAGGUCAAGGCGGUUGCGGCCGCCUUUAUGUCAGUUGCGUGUGUGACUGUCAUACUACGAUGUUAUGUGCGCGGAUGGAUCGUGCGAGCCUUCGGCUGGGAUGACUGGGCCAUGGUGGUGGCCAUGGGCUUCUACGCCAUGUUUUCGGGAUGUAUGAUUGGAGGCAGUCUAUACGGUACUGGACGACGUUUCAAAGACUUGGAUGCGCAUCAGCGUGUAACCGCCAUGGAGUACUGGUGGUUUUGUGAGAUCGCAUAUUGUUUUGCGGCCGUCGCCUGUAAAAUCUCCGUCUGCAUCUUUUUGAUGCGCAUCACUGUUCGACGCCUCCAUAUCUGGAUCCUCUGGACCGUCAUGGUCUUGACCGUCGUUGCCGGCAUGGUCUUCAUGUUCAUCAUGUUGCUGCAGUGCAAGCCACUCGCCUACUUCUGGACUCGCAAGGCAUUCAACCCGGAUAUUCACGGCCAUUGCAUGGACAUUCAAAUCGUCAUCGCCAUGACCUACGUAUACAGUGGGUUCGCAGCACUGUGCGAUUUUACCGUCGGCAUUUUACCUAUCUUCCUUGUGCGCAAGUUGCAUAUGAAGCAUAAAACGAAAAUGGCUGUGGUGGGCAUUCUGAGUAUGGCAUGCAUCGCCUCCUCUGCUACCAUCAUCCGUAUCCCAUGGGUACAUACCUUUGCGGACUGGGACUUUCUCUACGCAACCGUCGAAAUCGCCCUCUGGUCCAACAUCGAAUGCGGCCUAGGUAUCACCGCCGGCAGUCUCGCCACCCUCCGCCCCCUUCUCCGCAAAUGGCUCGGCUCCAGCGCCGACCAUAACUACGACGCAUCCCCAUUCCCCGGUCCCUCCGGCUCGCGCCCGCUCGGCAAAAGCGGCGGCAUGGGACGCAGUCACGACCGGCCCUACCCACUAGGCUCGCUCGACGAAGCCGCCGUGCAGAACCGUCUCCGGCCAGACAAACUGGCCGUGACCGUAACGACGAUCCAAAGCCAGGUGGACCCCGAUACGCGACUCUGGCGCGGCGGGUCAUCGAACAGCAGUGAGGAACGGCUGACGGGAUCCUCGGGCAACGCGGAGCGGACGCAUGGAACAAUCCCCGAGGGGUCUGAUUUGGAAUUAGGCAUGGGAUUAGGUAUCCAUCGGACGUUUGAAGUGACGCAGACUUCCUCGGGAGGCACGUCACAGACUACUGUGGGGGUGAGGGAGCAUGUCUGAUACUGAUACCUUUGACUUUUUUUCCGAUUGAUUCCCCUGGGUGUAUACGUUAUUCGGGUUGCAUUGGGCUGGAGUGGGUGGAUCUUUCCUUUGUUAUUUUUUUUUCUUUUUCUUUUUCCUUAUAUUUUGGGAAUAAUGAACAUCGCAUAUAUUGCAUCUAUAGCAUAUUGCAUAGAGCGAGCGCAUGAAUAUAAUGAUUUACUUCAUACUGGG